AUGCCACAAUCUGCACCAAUUCAAGAAGUACAGCGCGUAUCAUGGGACAACAAACCUGCUUUGAAGCAAAUAACUCUCCGAGCGACCAUAGCAGGUAUCAUUAUAGGAUCUUUGGUGCUAACAUCAAACUUUCAAUUUGGCCUACAGACUGGUUGGGUUUCUAUGAUGUCGUUGCCAUCGGCAUUAUUAGCAUGCGCAUUCUUCAAGAACAUAUGGCCUCUGAUUUUUCCAAAUGACAGACCAUUCAGUGAUGUAGAGAAUGUAUAUGUGCAAAGUAUGGCUGUAGCUGUCGGAACAGGCCCAUUAGCCUUUGGGUUUGUUGGUGUUAUACCCGCCAUUGAGAAGUUUCUUACUAACCACGAGAGUGGUGGACUAAGGGAACAAGGACAAUCAUUCAGCUUUAGAGAAUUAUUGAUAUGGUCCACCGCAUUAGCAUUUUUCGGCAUUUUCUUUGCAGUUCCUCUUAKAAAGCAAGUAAUUGUCAGAGAGAAACUGCCCUUUCCCAGUGGCAGCGCAACAGCUACUUUAAUUUCGGUGUUGAAUGGGACAGAGAUUUUACAAGAGGUUUCCAAAUCAGAGCUAUUGGAAAUGAGACAAAGGAGAUUGAACGAAUGUCCUGAGGUGUUACAACCGAACAGCGAUCCAGAAGAGGCUGACUAUUUAAUAAACUCCUCUAUUAGUGAUCUUGGCGAUUACUCGGCAACCAGCCAGGACAAUGGCUCCGUUCUCUCCGCUGGUGCUGAAAACUAUAAGGCAAACAUUCUUAUUUUAUUCAAAACUUUCAUUGCCUCAUCACUCUAUACCAUGGUGUCAUAUUUUAUACCAGUGAUACGAUCCAUUCCAGUAUUUGGGAAAUACCUCUCGAAUAAUUAUCUCUGGAAUAUUCAACCAUCGCCUGCAUAUAUAGGUCAAGGAAUAAUAAUGGGUCUUCCAACAGUGUCAUACAUGCUCAUUGGGUGCUUUUUGGGUUGGGCAGUAUUAGCUCCACUAGCAAAAUAUAAAGGGUGGGUGCCACCGGAUGCUGAUGUUCAUGACUGGGAAAAGGGCGUACAAGGAUGGAUUCUUUGGUCGUCCCUUUCCAUCAUGGUUGCCGACAGUGUUGUCGCUUUCAUUGUUGUGACUGUAAAAUCCAUCGUAAAGUUCAUUCUCAUUGAUGAUAAAGCUACUUUGUUGAACACUAUUAUCGAUGACACAUUUCAAUCCAUGCUAUUAGAAGAAGAGCGUGCCAUCAACAGCAGUAGAAGAAAUACAAAUGUAGAUGGAAGACAAGAUACAGUAAGAUUAGUAAGUAUAGAUAACGAUAUUGAAGUAGACUCUAAGCAUCUAGUUCGUUAUACUACUGUUAUUAGUGGAUGCCUAAUAUCCUCCAUUAUAUGCAUAGGAUCCAUAAUAUAUCUGUUUGGAAUAGAAGUCAUCCCUCUCUAUGCCAUUAUUACCGCUUUGAUACUUGCCCUGUUUCUAUCCAUUCUUGGUAUUCGAGCACUUGGAGAAACUGAUUUGAAUCCUGUGAGCGGAAUUGGUAAGAUUUCUCAGCUGAUAUUUGCUUUCAUUAUACCCAGGAAUAGACCCGGAUCGGUAUUGAUGAAUGUGGUAUCCGGAGGUAUUGCGGAAGCUUCCGCUCAACAAGCAGGUGAUUUAAUGCAGGAUUUGAAAACAGGGCACCUUCUCGGUGCCUCUCCAAGGGCUCAAUUCUGCGCCCAGUUGAUCGGAGCCUGUUGGUCUGUUAUUUUAUCCAGUUUCAUGUACAUGUGCUACAAUAAGGUUUAUACAAUCCCCAGUGAACAGUUCAGGAUACCUACGGCAGUGGUAUGGAUAGAUUGUGCAAGACUUGUUACUGGUAAAGGCCUUCCAGAUAAAGCUUUAGAAUGCUCUAUGAUUCUUGGGGCUAUAUUUGCUGUACUAUCGCUGAUCAGAAACACUUACAGGGAUUAUGGCUAUGGAUGGAUUAUAUAUAUUCCUUCCGGAGUAGCAGUCGGUGUUGGUAUAUUUAAUUCCCCCAGCUUUACCAUCGCAAGAUUCAUCGGUGGGUUGGCUUCACAUCUUUGGUUAAAGAAACACAGGGGUGAUUUGAAUGCGAAAACCAAAAUGAUUGUAUUCAGUUCAGGAUUGGUUCUGGGCGAGGGUAUAUUUAGCGUAGUAAACAUGGUUUUCACUUGCUUGAAUGUCCCACAUUAUUAA